AUGGGCAUCGAUAUCUUAAGUGAGUAAAAUGAAAUAGAAUAAGUUUAAACAUUCUCUAAUAUGAGUACCACUGUAUAAAUAACCUUGUUCUUAUUUCAAUAUAAUGCGAACAAAGAAUGGUUGGGUUAGGAACCGAUAUUGGUAGCAACGAUAAAUCACUUACUUUGCAUUUUAUAUAUGUUUUAUACUCAUACAACUUCUGACGAAAGUAACGUAUGAGUCGUAAUAACAGACAUUGGAACAUUUAGAGUUUAGAGUAUUCCACAGGUUGCAGUAAUCAAUAGAUUGUUGUCUUAUUCAAUUUUCUACGUGAAGCCUCUUAUUAGAGGCUCGAAAGUGUGAAUCAUUCAAAUUGAAAAUAUGAAAAGGAAUAUGUCUGUUUCAAUAAUUCUGGCUCUUUUUGUUAUGGAUUUGUCACAUGCUCAAAAUACAGAUUUUGGAACUAUUGUUUUCGCAAAUGUUUUAUACAGACAUGGAGAUAGAACACCUAUAAGACCAUAUCCGAAUGAUCCUUAUAACAAUGAAAGUUUGUGGCAAGUCCCAUAUGGCCAAUUAACAAAUAUUGGAAAAUAUCAGCAUUUACUACUUGGUCGUUGGAUCCGCAAACGCUAUUCACAUCUACUAAGUGACCUAUAUUCUCCACAUGAUAUUUAUAUUCAAAGUACAGAUGUAGAUCGUACCUUAAUGUCAGCUGAAUCACAUCUUGCUGGACUUUAUCCUCCAGUUGGUAAACAAAUAUGGAGUAAUAUCAAAUGGAUGCCUAUUCCAGUGCAUACUAUUCCUGAAGACAAAGAUAAUGUUUUGGCUGCAAGAAAAUAUUGUUCUAGAUAUGAUUACGAGUUGGAAAAAGUUCUUAAUUCUCCAGAAAUCCAAAAAAUUAAUAAAGAAAAUAAGAGAUUGUAUGUAUACCUUACAGGGAAAACAGGAAAUAAAAUUUCAUCUCUUUUAUCUGUUAAACAACUUUAUGAUACAUUAUUUAUUGAGAGUCUUUACAACAAAACAUUGCCAGAAUGGACAAAGUCAGUAUAUCCAGAUAAACUUAUGCCAAUUGUCGUAAAAAGUUUUACAAUUAACGCCUAUAAUAAAAUACUUCAGAGACUAAAAUCGGGAACAUUACUUGGAGAAAUGAUAGACCACAUGGAAAAAAAAUCGAAAAAUGCCUUAGUACCUGAUAGAAAAGUAUGGAUGUAUAGUGCUCAUGAUGAAACUAUAGCCAAUAUGCUAAUGACUCUGAAUGUUUUUGAACCACAUUGCCCACCAUAUACUGCUACAAUUUUAAUAGAAUUAAGAGUAAAUUUAAAAGAUCAGUAUUUUGUAACGAUAUCAUAUAAAAAUACUAGUGAAGAACCACAACUUUUAACACUUCCUGGUUGUAUUACAAUGUGUCCCUUAAAUCAAUUUAUUGCACUAACAAAAGAUGUUAUACCCAUAGAUUGGGAAAAAGAAUGUGCAAUAGAGUGUGAACAACUUGGAUAUAAUAUGAAUACGACAGCAAUUAUUGCAAUACUGACAUCUUCUAUAUUGAUGUUAGUUUUAUUAAUUUUAUCUAUAGUUGUCUUUAUUUAUUGGCAUUAUAAACGGGAACAUAAUCAGUAUUAUCUUCGAUUGACAACGGAACCUAUAUAAUUGAAUAUAAUACUAUGAAAAAAUGACGUAUUGCUUUCGUCGUGAUAUUCAAUGUUUUCAUAAUUUGAUAAUUAACAAAAAAUAAGAUAAAUGGUAAAUUCUUAUUUGAUUUUACAUACAUUAAGGAUUCAAUUAUCGAUACGAAAAAUAAGUCUGAUACGCGUUUGCA